UCGAUCUGACCUGUUUGUUUUGCUAGCAUGUAGCUAUCCACGCUAGACGCAUUUCUUUACUGAAGAAUAGUGGGUUUUUUUUAUUUAGUAAAGAGGUUUUAAUUUAGCAGAGAUUAUGCUUAAGAGUAGUAUGAUAUGAGGAUAUUACAUGUCUCGAUACAGAUAUGUUAACUAUGACAGACCCGGUGUUUCCUCGGAACAUCCCAUGUUUGGCCGUUACCUGAGCACAGCGGGUUCUCCGCCAGCUCGGAUUGUUUUAAGCCACUGGAGACACUGGUAUCAACCUGGUUAUUUAUGGUCGACACGACCACCACACGUUCAGCAUCGCUCUACUCCUUUCAGCAGUGCCCGACACCCCUCUUAUAAUAGGCAACCGCGGCCUCCUGGUCCAUAUAACUGGAGCUCCUGGAGACAUUCGGGUGUCCUGCCACACCAGACUCAUCCCAGACAAAGCGUUCAUUUUUCUGGAGGUCUGAUGGACUGCUCUGCUAAAGAGCCUCCACAGAAAAGGAGAAAGAGCACAGAAGGGGAAAGAUCACCAGGGGAAAGAUCUCAACGCUCACCAGAACGUUCAUUUACAAAAGGCACCCGGGGUCCCAAAGGAAGUCCUGAGUGGCUUCGGAAUGUGCCUACUGGGAAAUUUCCUUCAAGCCCAAAAAGUACUCCAGGCACACCAGAGUUGAGGAGAAUUUGGGAGGAUCUUUCUCGUCCCCGUAAUGCUAGACCCUCUGCAAAAGUGGGAAAACAAAAAUGUCCAUUUGAUUUCUCCGUAAUGUCGUACAAUAUCCUCUCCCAGGACUUGCUCUGUGAUAAUGCUUACCUUUACAGACACUGUAAUCCCCCUGUUCUGGACUGGCAACACAGGUUUUCAAACAUAAUCAAAGAGUUGGAGCAACGCAGUGCUGAUAUAAUGUGCCUGCAGGAGGUGCAAGAGGACCACUACAAGGAACAAAUCAAGCCUUCUCUUGAAUCUUUAGGCUACCACUGCGAGUUCAAACGGAGAACAGGUGUGAAGCCUGACGGAUGCGCCGUGGUCUUCAAACGUGAACGCUUCUCUUUGGUCUCCUGUCAUCCCGUGGAGUAUUUCCGUCGUGGAGUCCCUCUCCUAGACCGUGAUAAUGUGGGCCUGGUUCUGCUGCUUCGACCCAUCGACUCCAGCGGCUCUUUUACAAACGUCUGUGUGGCCAACACACAUUUACUGUACAACCCCAGACGUGGUGACAUUAAACUGGCCCAGCUGGCUGUGCUCCUGGCAGAGAUAAGCAAGGUGGCUCAGUUACCUGACGGCAGCUUCUGUCCUGUGGUGCUUUGUGGGGAUUUUAACUCUGUUCCUGGGUCUCCUCUAUAUCACUUUAUUAAGGAAAGCAAUCUGGAAUAUGAUGGCUUGCCGACUGCGAAGGUGUCAGGGCAGGAGGAGAACGCAAGAGGGCAGCGUAUUCUCACUGUGCCAAUUUGGCCCAAAUGUCUGGGCAUCUCUCAGAAGUGCCAGUUUGAAAGCCCCAGCAAAGAUCCCGAAGUGAAGGAUUUGGAGCAAGACGCUUUAGCAGAAAUUGAUGGAUUUACCAAGCCAAGCAUUCAGCACAGUUUGCAGCUGACCUCUGCAUACUCCCACUACCUAAAAGAGAGCGGUCACCCUGAGAUCACCACCUGUCACUCAAGGACAGCCAUCACUGUCGAUUAUAUCUUCUACACCGCAGCCAUGGGAGAUGUGAUGGCUCAUCCAGAAUGCAGUGUGUCACCAGAGAUGGGUCUACAGCUGCUGGGCAGACUUGCCCUGGUGGGGGAAGCUGAACUCGAAAAAGUCAAUGGCCUUCCUAACCAACACAACUCUUCUGAUCACCUGCCUCUUCUGACAUGUUUCCGUUUACACCCUCGAACAGACAACUAACAGAUCUGCAGUGUUUACUUGCAUCAUACAGCCUUGCAUUGUGUGACCUCAUCAACAGUAUAUGAACUUGCAGUACGGUUCAGUCAUCAUCAUGUGGUUUUUUUACAGACAAGUGACCUUCAUACAGUCAGGAACUUUAAAAGAAAUUGCAUCACAUACCUUUAUCCUAUGACAAACUUGAAGCAGAAGUGGAGCUUGUCUAUAAUGGGACAGUCUCACGCACACUUCACUUCAACAAAUAGGGACAUUUUAUUUAAUAAGAAAGAAAGAAAAAUGGCAGCUUUCAGACUAAGAAAGUAAAUAAAUAUGUUUAUAUUUUAAGUUUAGACUGAUUUUACAGUGCAUUUCUGUUUCACACAUUUUAAAGACAAAGAGCAAAAAAUAAAUAAUUUUAUCUUUAA